UUGGGGCGUCUUCUGUGUCGUGGUGCUCGUAGUCUGUGAUUGUGAUGAACUUUCUCUCAAUUUUACAGCACCAAUCUUGAUGGGUGAAAGUUGGAGUAGCUGUUUUGUGUCGUCCAUAAAACAGACAACCAGUGUAAAAUGACAGUGUGCAGUUUCUUCCUUCAAGGAAGGUGUCGAUAUGGGGAGAAGUGCUGGAACGAACACCCGAGAGGAGGCGGCGGCGGCGGCGGCGGCAGGGGUGGUGGAGGCGGUGGUGGUGUAGAUUACAGUCGAGGCACUGGUGGUGGAGAUUAUAGUCGAGGCACUGGUGGUGGAGAUUACAGUCGAGGCACUCCUCAGUCCAACCGAGGAGGUGGAGGUUUCGGAAAUCGGGUAUGGGUGAAUCCGCAGCGAGCCGGUGGAGACUUUGUGAAACCCACAAAUUUUGGUGGAAGAGACACUGCCAAGAAUUCCUCUUUUGGCGUUUCCACCCAGAACAGAUUCGGCAACCUGACCACACCAAGCAGCUUCGACAGGGGUGGACCUAAAGACGAAAAUGAUAAACACUUGGAAACCAUUCAAAAGGACAUGGAGAGCUGGGAAAGCUCAGGACAGUGGUUAUUUUCCUGUUACUCUGUACUCAAAGGCUCAAUCUCAGGUUUUGUAGAACUGUCACCUGAGGAGCUCAGACUGGAGUAUUAUAAUGGCCGAGCGUCCGGAGACCUCCAGGCCUAUGGGAGCUCUGUGCAGCAACUGGCGAGCCAGUGGAGGAACCGACUGCAGGAGCUCAAGGCCAUGAAUGGCAACACACGGUCUUCACUGAUUGCAGAGUUGAAUAACCCUGGCCAACAGCCGUCCUCCUUCGGGUCACCACCAUCCGCUGGGUUCGAAUCCAUGGCGCCACCAUCUGGGUUCGGUUCUUCUGCCCCGUCUGGGUUUGGAGCAGCGCCAUCGGCACCAGCGUCAGGAUUUGGAUCAGCAGGUUUUGGAGCCCCAGCCCCAGCCCCAGCCCAGAGCAGUGCCACCUUUAGCUUCGCGUCCAAUCAGACUGCAGCGCCCAGCCUCUUCGGCUCCGCCCAGCCCUCGUCCCAGUCAGCUUUUGGCUCCGCCCCUGGCGCCGCCCCCUCGGCCAGCUCCUUCUCCUUCGCUGCUCCGACCGCCGCCGUCGCCACCGUCGCCGCCACCAAAGACGCGUCCGGCGGCUUUGGAGCGUCCGCCGCCGGCUUCAGCUUCGCCUCCUCCUCCGCCCCCUCGGCUGGCUUUGGCGGGGGUUUCGGAGGGUCCACCGGGGCCAGUGGCUUCGGGCAGCCCGGUUUCGGCGGCACCAACAGCGGGCUUUUCGCCUCAGCGGGAGCAUCCAGGGCAGCAGCCAGCGCCGGGGCAUCGGCGUCCGGCCUGUUCACCCCUCAGAGUGAACUGACCGCGGACGAGUUGAAGGAGUUCACGGGGAAGCGGUUUACGCUGGGCCAGAUUCCCCUCAGACCUCCACCCGUUGACAUGCUGGUCGUCUAACAGACAAAAUGACUUACAGCCAGGAAGGGACAGACUGACACAUUUUAGGUUUUCUUUUUAAUCUAUUUGCGAAUAAAUGAUGAGAAGUACAUUUAAAACUGGUGUUUUUCUUUUUUCCCCCCCUUUUAAAUGGCUACAUAUUUAUGCUUGUUAAACAAGUGAUCAUGAAAUGUGUUAAGACUUUCCAUUAUCACAUCAGAAGAUAGGUAGCCAUUUGUUAGAAGCUAAGUGCUGGUCUGGAUAUUUUAUAUUCUUAACAGGUUCAAGAACACCUGUUUUCUUCUUGAUAUGCAUUGUUUAAGUAUGUGAGUUAGACUCUUAAGAUACUUUAUUGUACUUUUAUGCAAUCUAAGAUGCAGUCAUUAAACAUAACCUCUGAUUUAA